AUGAAGAGAACCACUGUGAAUGAAAGCCUGCCCUCUCCAGCGGUGAGUGCAGUUCAGAGCCACAGGCUUCCUCAGAUACACUCUAAGUCUCAAGAGCAAGAAUACUAUGCACCUAUUUCCAGGCUUGUGCAGCUCAGAGGAAGGAUCCUAAGAGGCGGCGCUACCAGUGUCAUGCACGCAGUAAACAACCUCCCACCUCUGAGAGAGCCCACCCUGAUGCUGGAGUCUCUGUCUCGGCCCAAUACUACUCACACAUUCAGAUCUGACACCCCAAUGAAAAGGUCCUUCACACCCAUGGAUUUUGCCUGUAACAUGAGGACAAGUCGAGGACUUGUCAAAGGUGAGAGCACACCAAUGGGAGUGACAGGCUUCAGUAUGGGCAUCACCAGCUCUACAGCUAGUGGGUUUUUGGAGUGUGUCACACCCAGCAGGAGGUGUCUACCCAGCGCUGACGGGGAUGGAGGGAACAUGCCCCUGAUUGGAUCUAUAGGUGGCCAGAAUCACCGGAAACAGCUGAGCCGGUUUCCAGUGCAUGUGAGGAAGAAAUUUCAACCUGUCAUGCCAUAGCAUCGGAGUUAAUUUUGUAAUUAAACAAAAGAGCUUAAUGAGCCAUAUGAUUAUGAAUACAAUAGACUGAUAUGCACUGUCAUAAUUUCAGUUGAUUGUGAUUUGCUGUAUUGUAUUGUUACUUGAUGUCCAGUCACAUGCAGUGCCUUCAGUUUAUGGACUUGACAGUUUUUCACAUUGACCUCAACAUCUGGAGCAAACAGGGCUAAUGACCUCCCUGUUUUUUACCUUUUUUUAAAAUGAUGAAGAAUGAAUGCCAAUCUUCUUUUGUUAUUGUAAGUUGAUGCAUAUUUCAUGUAAAGUAUAAUAUUUAUUUGUUUAUACUGCUUAAACAGAUGUCUGCGGCCAACAGGUUGAUUAAAAGACAAUU